AUCUACCUCGCCAUCGCAGCUGGCUCCUUCUAUGGCAACACCUUCGUUCCCACCAUCUACAUUCAGAGCAUGGUGGAGGGUGCGAGUCAGGCCGGGUUGGACUACGUGUUCGCGAAUUUCGUGGGAAUAUGGUUGGCGUCGACAGUCAUCUUUGUGCUGUAUGCUGCCUUCAAGCGUAACCAGCCGUGGUUGCCCGCCAACCAGGCCAUUUUGCCCGCUCUGCUGAGUGGCGUGCUGUGGGGUGUGGCACAGUCCUCGUGGUUCAUCGCCAAUGCUGCUCUGGGUGAACCCAUCACAUUUCCCGUCGUCACGACAUGUCCGGCCGUAAUUGCCACACUGGUGGGUGUGAUUAUCUUCAAGGAAAUCAAGGGGCGUCAACGCCGAUUGCUUACUUAUAAGUUACACUUCCUCCAUUCUCCGGCAGACGCCUUCAACGCACUUGCAAUGCUUCAACUCGCCUUACUCAUCCUCUUGGCCACCCUCAGCGUCUACAAUGCGGAUGCUAAGAUGCCAAGUGAACGCUACCUUCUCACCAUCUACACCCUCAUCGCCGACCCCAACUGCUCCCUCGACCUCAUGGCCAUCUACAAUUUCACGCACAGCGUUGCCGCAGCUGCUCGCUUCGUGCGAUCACUGAUGCCGGCCAACAGUGACACGUUUUUCUUUGUUGUCCUGGAGUACGUGUGGGUGCCUGGCUGCUCAAUGCAUCAGGCUAAAAGAAAAGGAGCAAUCUUCCAGAUUCUACAAAGUAUUCAGAAAAAUGCGUCAACAUCAGUUGGGUUCAGCGUGUUGCUAGGACCUCCCUAUUCUAGUGAUUGCAACUUGGUGAACGAGUGGAUCAACAUUGGCAAUCCGAAUGCUGUCCAACGGGCUCAACUCUACCAAAUUGGUUACCACUGUCAAAUCUUAAGUUCCACAUCUGUGUUUGACACCUACCUCACUAAUAACGCCCCGCGUACACUUCCUCCACCCAUUGCUGCAGUCUCCUCGGUAGUUCAGCGCAAAACGAUUCUACAAGGCAUUCUUGUCUACCUAAUCAAUAAUGGCUGGAUACGCAUCGCAGUGUUUUACGAUAUGCACGCCACCGUCCUUGACCUUCCAGAAAUGCUAGAUUCAACCUUAUCGACACUUCGUCUUUCAUCAAGCAAGCACCAUGUGCUUGACCUCUUGACCAGUGUAGGUUUCACAGCAGCGGCAAACUUUUCAAGUUUAGUGGAGCCACUGCAGGAUCAGAUGGACGUGGCACUGGUAUUAGCAAGGGCAGAUCUAGCAGUAAAAUUUGUAGUGAGCAUUCAAAACUUGACCUGCAUCAAGCAAGGACGAAUAGCAAUGCUUCACUUGGAUCCCAUGGAUAUGCUAACUUACGAUGUCUUGCGUGAAUGGAGGUUGCAAUUGUUGCAAGCCGAAGCUACUUGGGCAGCUGGUCGUUCCCUCAUCAUUGUCACUGCACUUCCCAAGGGCACUCGAUACGAAGAGGACUCAGUGCUGUAUAGGGAGCCAAUCAAUUUAUCAGUGGCCGGUGGGGCAGCGUUGGCAAUGCGAUUGGUACAACUGCACCUGGAAGAGGGCAGAGGCAAAAUCGAUCCCUCCACUGCCCUCUUCCGACCUCUGCGCACUUCCUCAAGUAUCCAAGUGCCCACACUGCCCUCCAUCACCUUUCACUACCAACUUGGGGAUGGUGAUGUCUCAUAUGGCAUCUUUGAUCUUCUCCUUUUCGCCCUCAAGCCUAAUGCUACUGAAGUGAGUGGUGUUGAAGCCCAAGCUAUGAGAUGCGCAGACAUCUUCUACCUCGUUGAUGUCAUUCAUUAUCCACUGAUAUUGCCUCAGCCGAGGAGUCCAAUGAAUUGGCCAGGAGAUGGACAGGGACCUCAACGCACAGCCUACUUAUCUCAGCCAUUGGCCUUCGAGUCACUGCAAGCCAUACUAUUCAUAAAUGCGUUUGGAUUGUUAAUUUCUGGGCUCAUUUACUUGGGAGUUGUGCUUGUCUUCAGACGAAUCGUGCGCAAGACAAAGCGCUUUGCCUCCUUCAAACUAAUCUUCCUACAAAGCGAUUUUUUGUUUAAAGAUGAUGAUGACAACCUUCGUGCAGAGCAAUGUCAUGAGCCUCAUCGUAACUUGCAGUUGCAGGUGGAUGUAGUGUCGACAUCGGAUGUCGUGAACUCCUACCAUGCACUUCUGUCUACCCCUAGAGUCUCGAUUACGGCAUCGAGCAUAAGCGAAGAGCCUCUUCGACGUGUACGGAAGGGAAGAAUUGCUAUAUUAAACGGAGCUCAAGUUUAUGUGAAGGAAUUGGGCUUGUCUCGCAUUCUUUUACGCUCACGAUUAAUUGAGCACCUGGCAGGAUUGCGACAACUGCGACACGAAAAUAUAAACGUUUUUGUGGGUUGCUGCGUGACACCGGACACCCUCAAUCUUGUAUACGAUUACUGUCAGCGCGGAAGUCUUCAGGAUGUUAUCAACAACAAAAGCAUCACCUUCGAUUGGGACUUCAAACUCUCUCUUAUGACUGACUUGGUUCGGGGGAUGGAGUAUCUGCACAGCACAAGCCUCAAAGCUCACGGAAGACUGAAAUCGACCAAUUGUGUUGUCAGUUCCCGAUACGCCUUACGAAUAACCGACUAUGGCAUCCAAAAAACCUACAACUUAGUAGACAGUUGUCCUUCAGACAAACCAGAAGACAAGUUGUGGACAGCACCGGAGCUUCUACGUGAUGAGACAGCGGAUUUGCAUGGAACUAAGCCGGGCGAUGUCUAUGCGUUUGCCAUAAUAAUGCACGAGGUAUUCUAUCAGACGAUUCCAUACGGACCGGGAGAAACACCAGUGGAGGAACUUCUGCAACGCGUUAUGGGCAAAGAACGACCUCCAUUCCGCCCACAGUUGCUUGAGGCAGGCGUCCCACAGGCUUAUAGAAACAUUCUUCAACGAGCUUGGUCGGAGAAUCCUGAACUUCGACCAACAUUUAAGGAGCUGAACGAAGAGAUUGAACGCAUGGCCAGUGGAAAAAAAACAAACAUUGUGGAGCACAUGUUCAAAAUGAUGGAGAACUACUCGAGUAGGUUGGAAGAGGAGGUGAAACUUCGAACGGAUGAAUUGGAAAAGGAGAAGAGGAAAAAGGAGCUGCUCAUUUGUCGUUUGCUGCCUCCAGUUGUCGCGGAAGCGUUGAAAGCGGGCGUCGCAGUGGCACCUGAGACCUACAAUGAGGUGUCUAUCUACAUAAGCGACAUCAUUGGCUUCACAACCAUUUCAGCAAUGUCCACACCUCUGCAAGUUGUUGACUUUCUCAAUGACUUGUACACCAUGUUCGACAGGAUAAUUGCACACUACGACGUCUACAAGGUGGAAACAAUAGGAGACGCCUACAUGGUGACUUCGGGAUUGCCAGUUCGUAAUGGACGGAGACACGCAGCGGAGGUUGCCACAAUGUCCCUUGACCUGCUUAGCUCAUGUGGCACUUUUACCAUCAAGCACCUUCCUCAGAUACCCUUGAGACUACGCAUCGGUCUUCAUAGUGGUGAGUGGAAUGCAUCCACAGCCUCCUUCCUUGCCUAUGUCGUCCAUGGACCUUGUGUUGCCGGUGUUGUUGGGCUUACGAUGCCUCGGUACUGUCUCUUUGGUGAUACUGUUAAUCGAGCACUAAAAAUGGAGUCCUCUGGAGCCGAGGAGAGUGUCACGGGUGAGUUGUACAGCAGACGUUAUCUCUCCGUUUCCCCACACUUUGUCACUCGGCCCACUGGCUCAACACACACCAAUUGUUUGGGCGAAUCUCUGUGGCAAAAUUUUUCUCCAACGCCCAACAAGGCUCCACCACUUCGUCUCACACAUUCUGUGGCAGCCAAAUGCCUUGUCAUUAACCUUGCCUCUGUCUAUCCUGAGGGGACUCGAUGGCUCCAUGCACUCAGCCCUCACCAGAAUAACAACAGCGACCCUCAAACUGCCCUUCAUUGUCGAGCCGAGCAAUAG